UCGAGUGCGAGUUUGUGCUGAAGGGGAUUUCGUUUGGGACGGGUCUGUCCGGUGUCUGAGGGAGAAGCCUCUCUUCAUAGCCAAGGGACUAAAAGCGUCUUUCCAGUCGGAGUUGAGGUGUCCCAAGAGAAGAGGAAGGAAGUGGAGGAGAAGGAGCCAGAAAGACCAGGAACUGGCAAGACAGCAAGCAAAGGCCUCCAUCCCACCCAAAGUGGGAGUGGGGUUGAAUUCUGGUAGCCCAGUGCCAGAGAUCCAUUAUCUGGUCAUGGCGAUCUCAGAUGCACAUUGUCGACUCUUCCGGCAAUUCCAGUACCAUGAGGCUGGUGGGCCUCGAGAGGUUUGCAGCCGGCUACAUCAACUUUGCAGCCAUUGGCUGGAGCCAGAGAGGAGCACCAAGAAACAAAUCGUGGACCGGGUGGUCCUGGAGCAGUUCCUGACUCUGCUGCCCCAGGAAAUGCAGUGCUGGGUGAGAGGGUGCAAGCCAGAGACCAGUUCCCAGGCGGUGGCCCUGGCCGAAGGUUUCCUCCUGAGCCAGGCAGAGGAGAAGAGGCAGGCAGAACAGAUGCGGGCACCAUCCAGGAAGACAGAGACUUCCUUCGCUGAGGCUGAACGGACUUCCUUGGAGGAGGCAUGGAGGGCGCAAGCCCAGGAGAGUACCCAAGAUGCCGUCUCCGGUGGCAGUGAAGAAAUGCUGUUCAGCCGUAGUCUUUUCGGAGGUGUGGAAACAGCUGCUUUACCUCCAGUCCAGUGUCCCUUUUCCUUGGAGGAGGUGUCUGUCUCUUUCACCGCAGAAGAAUGGGCCCUGUUGGAUCUGGACCAGAGAACUCUCUGCACAGAUGUCACGCUGGAGAUCUAUGAGAAUGUCAUCUCUCUGGCAGAGGAUGUACAGAAGAAUCAUGAGGGACAAGCACUUUAUCAGCCAUUGCCAGGUAGAGUUAAAAAUGAAGACUUAAAACAAAACAUCUGGAUCCAGGCAAGUACAUCCAAUCAAUGUGAAAAGUAUUUAAAAAAUAGAUGGCAGCUCCUUCUGCACCACAGAAUACACAGAAGGGCAAAACUGCUCAAAUGUCAAGUAUGUGGAAAGAGAUUCAGUCAAAGUAGCGAUCUUCAACGGCACCAAAGAACCCACACAGGGGGAAAACCUUUUGAAUGCUCUGAGCGUGGAAAGAGAUUCAGUCAAAGUAGUGAUCUUCAACAGCACCAAAGAACCCGCACUGGGGGAAACCCUUUUGAAUGCUCUGAGCGUGGAAAGAGAUUCAGUCAAAGUAGCGAUCUUCAACGGCACCAAAGAACUCGCACUAGGGGAAAAUCUUUUGAAUGCUCUGAGCGUGGAAAGAGAUUCAGUCAAAGUAGUGAUCUUCAACGGCACCAAAGAACUCGCACUAGGGGAAAAUCUUUUGAAUGCUCUGAGUGUGGAAAGAGAUUCAGUCGGAGUGGCAGUCUUCAACGUCAUCAUAGAACUCACACAGGGGAGAAACCUUUUGAAUGCUCAGAGUGUGGAAAGAGAUUCAGUGGGAGUGGCAGUCUUCGACGUCAUCAUAGAACUCACACAGGGGAGAAACCUUUUGAAUGCUCAGAGUGUGGAAAGAGAUUCAGUGGGAGUGGCAGUCUUCAACGUCAUCAUAGAACUCACACAGGGGAGAAACCUUUUGAAUGCUCAGAGUGUGGAAAGAGAUUCAGUUACAGCAGCAAUCUUCAUGAGCAUCAAAAAACCCACACAGGGGAGAAGCCUUUUGAAUGCUUUGAGUGUGGAAAGAGAUUCAGAACAUGCAGCAAUCUUCAACGGCACCAAAUGACCCACACAGGGAAGAAACGUUUUGAAUGCUCUGAGUGUGGAAAGAGAUUCAGUUACAGCAGCAAUCUUCAUGAGCAUCAAAAAACCCACACAGGGGAGAAGCCUUUUGAAUGCUCGGAAUGUGGAAAGAGAUUCAGAACAUGCGGCAAUCUUCAACGGCACCAAAUGACCCACACAGGGAAGAAACGUUUUGAAUGCUCUGAGUGUGGAAAGAGAUUCAGUACGCGUAACAAUCUUCAGCAGCACCAAAGAACCUACACAGGGGAGAAACCUUUUGAAUGUUCUGAGUGUGGAAAGAGAUUCAGUCAGAGUGGCAAACUUCAAAUUCACCAAAGAACCCACACAGGGGAAAAACCUUUUGAAUGCUCUGAGUGUGGAAAGAGAUUCAGUCAUAGUAGCUAUCUUCAUCGGCACCAAAGAACCCAUACCGGGGAAAAACCUUUUGAAUGUUCUGAGUGUGGAAAGAGAUUCAGUCAGAGUGCAAAUCUUCAACGGCACCAACGAACCCACACUGGAGAAAAACCUUUUGAAUGCUCUGAGUGUAGAAAGAGAUUCAGUCGGAGUGGCACUCUUCAAUGGCAUCAAAAAACCCGCACAGGGGAGAAACCUCAUGAAUGUUCAGAGUGUGGAAAGAGAUUCAGUCAAAGUGGCACUCUUCAACAGCACUAAAGAACCCACACAGGGGAGAAACCUUUUGAAUGCUCACAGUGUGGAAAGAGAUU